AUGGAGACUAAAACUAAACUUAAUCUUGAAGAUGGCAAUCCUUUAGACAAUAUAGGGCACUAUCAACGAUUAGUAGGGAAACUAAUCUACCUCACCGUAACCAGACCUAACAUCACCUAUGCUGUAAGUGUGGUAAGUCAAUUCAUGCAUGCACCUCGUACUAGUCAUUUAGAUGCCAUCAAUAGGAUUCUUAGGUAUCUCAAGGGAACUCCUGGUCAAGGGAUUUGGAUGAAAAAUAAUAAUACAUAUGACAUUAUUGGUUUUUCUGAUGCAGAUUGGGUUGGAAGCUGUGACAGAAAAUCAACCUCCGGUUUUUGUACAUUUGUGGGUGGCAAUCUAGUAACUUGGAAAAGCAAGAAACAAACUGUAACUGCUAGAUACAGUGCAAAGGCAGAAUACAGAGCAAUGGCAUCAACAGCCAGUGAAUUAAUAUGGAUUAAGCAAGUCCUUAAAGAUUUGGGAAUUAAGAUAAAAAAAUCCAAUAAAAAUGUACUGUGA